AUGGGAGUCUCUGGCCUUCGCAGGAAAACGUUCACCAACAACACCCUGAAUCAAGAGCUGUUUCUACCGGAGGUAGAACUCAGCGCGCGGCUGCUCUCCGCGGGCCGGAGCAUCGACGGCCUGCGCGCGACCGUCACGCUCACGCCCCGCCACGACCUCUCGACCAGCAACGAGCCCCCGCGCGACGCAAACCCACGUCAGGACGGGUACUGGUCCGCCUUCAUACUCACCCCCAGCUCCUUCACGUGCGCCGACGUCAGCGUACGGAUCGAGCCGGACCCGGCGCGCGGCGAACAGCCUCCCGCGACCGGCGCCCUCGACGCCGUGGUGCUCGCGCUGCGCUACGUAGCGUAUGGGCCUUUCGGACGGCGCUGGCAGCGGCAGGACAUCGUGCUUCCGCUCGGCUUCCCCCCCGUCGCCCCUGAGCCCGCUGCGGCGGGCGGGGACACGGUCCCCGUGAAGACGCACCUCCUCUGCCACCUCGACGACCCAGUGUCGGUGGCGCGGCGAUACGCUGUGCCUGUGGCGCAGGCGGGCGACGUGCUGUGCGUUGCGGAGAGCGCACUAGCGGUGAUGCAGGGGCGCUGGCGGCACCCGGAGAACAUCCGUCCGGGGCUGAUCGCGCGGCUGGCGUGCAAGCUCUUCAAGACGACGUCGAGCCUGGCCACAGCGUGCGGGAUGCAGUCGCUCAUCGACAUGGUGGGGCGGGCGCGCGUGGUGUUCGCGGUGGUCGUCGGGGCCGUGGCGCGGCUCCUGCGCAUCCGCGGAGCCUUCUACUCCGCGGCCGGUGAGCAGUCGCGGCUCGUGGACGACCUGACCGGGACACUCCCCCCCUACGACCAGUACAUUGUGGCGGGCCCUGUGCGGUCCGAGGACGUGGCCGAGUCGGUGCGGCGCGCGACGGGGAUCGAGACCGCGGUCGUCGACGCCAACGACCUCGGCAAGGUCGACGUGCUGGGCGCGUCGAGCGGCGUGGACCGGGCGGCGGUGCAGCGGGCCCUCGCGCCCAACCCCGCGGGCAACGGGGACCAGCGGACCCCCCUGGUGCUCGUGCGGGGAUGCACGCUGGCAGAACAGUGA